AUGAGAUCAGCGCUGCUGACACCGGACAAGCCAUGGCUGCAGAUCCAAGCAUCACAUUUAACCAGACAUCUUCUGGGGUGUUGUGCUCUUAGCACAACCCCAGAUGACAUUUGCUCCACAACAUCUACAAUUCCUAAACUUCUGAACAUGAUCCUAUCUGGGAAUAACACAAUAUCCUUCACACAGUGUUUUACACAGACAUUUUUCUUCUUAUUGGCCGCUAGUGCAGAAGACAUCCUGUUAUUCAUUAUGGCUUUGACAUCUUACGUCAAGAUCAUUAAAGUUAUCUUAAAGAUUCAGUCAACAGAUGGAAAGAAAAAAGCCUUCUCCACCUGCUCCUCCCAUCUUGCCGUCAUCAUUCUCUACUACGCAACCGGAGCUUCCAUGUACAUGAUUCCUCCCUCUAAGUAUUCCCAUGCUAUAGAACAGAUUGCCACUAUCCUGUGUACAGCAGUCACGCCAAUGUUGAACCCUCUGAUAUACAGCCUACGGAACAAAGAAGUUAAGAAAGGCUUGCGGAAGGAAGGGAGAAGAAAAGCCUUCUCCACCUGUUCUUCCCACCUUAUUGUCAUGGUGAUCUACUACUCUACAGGAGGAUCACACGUCAUGUCCUCCUUCUACCACACAGGAGAUCUUCUUAACCAAAUCUUGUCCAUGUUCUACACUACGAUUGUCCCCACAAUAAAUCCACUUGUUUGUAGUCUACGUAACAAUGAAAUCAAGAAAGCUCUUCAGAGAUUGUGGAAGGCAAAAUAG